ACACGCCUCAUACUGCUCCUGCUAGCACGUCGAACUAACCAGCGGGGUCAUCAUCAUGGACAUGCUUUAUGGUCCGUUGGGCCUGGGUGUAGUAGCAGGGCUGGGCUGCGGGCUCCUCCUCGGCUGGCACCUUCGGGCUCGCUUAGGUCCAACAUCCAAAACCUUGAUGGCAGCGAUGGGGAACGGCACUGGUGAAGCGAACGUGAUGGGAGAAGGAGGCGAGUUUAAGAUGGUGUUAGUGGUCCGAAACGACCUGAAGAUGGGCAAAGGGAAGGUGGCCGCCCAGUGCUCCCAUGCUGCUGUAUCUGCCUACAAACAGGUGCAGCGCAGGAACCCUGAGCUUCUCAAACAGUGGGAGUACUGCGGGCAGCCCAAGGUGGUGGUGAAGGUGCCCGAUGAGGACACCCUGAUUGAUCUGCUGGGUCACGCCAAAGAAGUGGGGCUCCCUGUCAGCCUGAUUCAGGACGCAGGAAGGACUCAGAUCGCCCCCGGGUCCCGCACCGUGCUGGGAGUGGGCCCAGGCCCAGCUGAUCUCGUUGACAAGGUCACAGGACACUUGAAGCUCUACUAGAGUUUGCAUCUGUAGGACUUGCAAACAAUGUCUUUGUUGUUUAAACGAAUUGCAAUGAGUUUGUGUUUUUAUAAAACAAUUGACUCGGUUUCAUACAUGUAAAGUUUCAGAUUUGUUUGGGUACCGUUUUGGACACAUGCCUACUACCUUUGUUGGCUCUUGAAUAGCAGCAGUAACUGCUUGAUGCAUACUAUUUUACUGUGCUACUUCUGUGACAAAAACACCACACACUUUCCUCAUCUCUAAACAGUCUGCCAAGGUUUGUUUUUGAAGAGGAACAGAGGAAAAGACAUAAAUGAUUGUUGAUCUCAUCAGAAUCCCAGGACAAUACAAUUGAAACAUUUUCAGUGCAGACAUUUUGACUUGUCAUAGGAAAAUCACUUAAACAUUGGAUUGGUACUGUGUAUAUAAUGGAGAACCCAUUCCUGUCAGCUGGUAUGCAAACAGCAGUGCCUUAGAAUUGUCUAGCUAGCAUAAUUGAAAUCAGUACUGCAUUAUUUUGCAGUGGAGCUGCUAACAACGAUGUCAUAUGAAUAUUAUGUCUCUGAAGUAUAUUAAAUGUUCUUGGUCUUGCAUUUACGCCUUAGUUUUUU